AAAAUAAAUUUUGAUACAUACAUGUAUACUUGUUAAAGCUUUCUGUGCAAUGACAAUGACGACUAUCUUUUCUAUUUUUUUCUUACUUUCUUUAUCGCUGAUUUUUUCAAAGGCAGAGACAAAUUUGAAAAGAUCUUCAGAAUCAGGAACUAAAGGACAAAACAGUCAGAUAACAUGGUUUAUCUUACAGCAAGUAAAUGCUUUGGGGGCAAGACUAGAAAAACUUCGAGAUAAAGCUGAUAAGAGCAAGGAAAACAAUCAAGCAUUACAAAAAGACGUUGAAGAUCUGAAGAAGAAACAAGGAGGCUCAGAAUCUGCAGCGAAAUCUUUGACAGAGAUGAGAAAAGACAUUAAACAACUGAGAAAGAAAGUUAACGGAAUUGAUGAGCUCAAAAAACAAAUCAAAAAGAUGGUUACUCAAAGCGAAGCACAAGGGACUAACACAGCGGCUAACCAGAACAAUAUAAAACACAUAAAGACUGCGGUCAAUCAGGUAAAGAGUAAAACGAAGGCGAUACAAUCCACUGGAAACAACAACAAAGGAAAAAUAAGUCGGCUAAGAUCAAAACUUACUGGACUUGAGCAAAGUGUGAAAGCUCGGCAGAAGAUUGUCGAUGGCAAGAUCACAAGCUUUCAGAGGCAGGUAAACACUGCCAUGGAUAAAGCAUCCAGACCAAAGAAAGGAUGUCAGUCCGGAACGUUUGGUGCACACGACUUUCCAACGAUCAGGUUUCCAGCUUCAAUUGAUAUCAAGUUCAACCCACAAUUUGAUGCUACACCUGCUCUUGUGUAUGGAUUGUAUUUAUACGACACAUGGAAGGAUACCAAUCCAAGGAUAAUAGCUCAUGCAGGCGGUCUUACCAGAUAUGGAUUUAACCUAUCUAUUCGAACAUUUGCAGACACCAAAAUGUGGGGAGCUCGUAUUUCCUGGAUGGCAUGUCCUAAAAGUAUACUCUAACAGAUGCAAUAAAAUGAUGAAGUGAU